AUGGACACGGCGGACAUAAUCGCUUCUGUGUUGACUUUGGGGAUUAUUGUCGUGUCGCUGUUGUCCAACGUCGUGGUAUUGAUCUGCUUUCUGUACAACCCAGAGAUCCGCAAACAGGUACCUGGUCUUUUUAUUCUCAACCUGACGUUUUGCAACCUGUUGCUGAGUGUGUCCAACAUGCCACUUACUCUGGUCGGGCUCGUCACGGCUGGGCACCCUGGAGGCAGCGGCCUCUGUCAAAUUGUGGGUUUCCUCGACACUUUUCUCACCACAAACUCUAUGCUCAGCAUGGCAGCCCUCAGCAUUGAUAGAUGGGUGGCUGUGGUGUUCCCGCUGAGCUACCACUCGAGGAUGAGGCACAGGGACGCGGUUUUAGCGCUCGGAUGCACGUGGAUACACUCACUUUGCUUCUCCACGGUGGCCACCUGCCGCUCCUGGGUUGGCUACCACCACCUUUACGCAUCGUGCACCCUCUGCAACGGCAGGGCGAAGGCAGCUGGGACGCAGUUCAUCAUUUUCACCCUGGCUUUGCACGCUCUCACAUUUCUCCUCACACUGAUCGUGAUGUGUGUAACGUAUCUUAAGGUCCUAAAGGUUGCAAGAUUUCACUGUAAACGCAUCGACGUGAUCACCAUGCAGACGUUGGUGCUGCUGGUGGAUAUUCACCCCAGUGUACGCCAGAAAUGCUUGGAUGAGCAGAAGCGGAGGAGGCAGAGGGCCACCAAGAAGAUCAGUACGUUCAUUGGCACCUUUGUGGUGUGUUUCACGCCUUAUGUCAUUACAAGAAUCAUCGAGCUUUUCUCUCCAGGGCCCAUAAGCCCUCAUUGGGGUGUCCUGUCCAAAUGUUUGGCCUACAGCAAGGCAGCAAGUGACCCGUUUGUCUACUCGCUCUUGCGUCACCAGUACAGGAAGACUUGCAGCCUUCUGGCCAACAAAGUCCUCAAGAGGAGUCCACUCAACUCCUCCUCCCUCAGGAGGCAGAACAAUGCAGGAACCAACUCCAACACAAUUAACAACACCAAUCAAACAUCAACCAACUGA